ACCACCGGGAGGGCGGGGCCGUGGCGCCCGGCGCGCGUGGUUUUCCCACCGUCACGUGACCGAAACCCGGGCGACGUCACGAGGUUUGCGGAAGUGCGCGGGAGAGACCGGGAGACGCGGAAGGAUCCCGGGCGCCGCUGCCACCAUGGACCUGCUGUUCGGGCGCCGGAAAACGCCGGAAGAGUUGCUGCGGCAGAACCAGCGGGCGCUGGCCCGCGCCAUGCGGGAACUCGACCGCGAGCGCCAGAAGCUCGAGGCGCAGGAGAAGAAGAUCAUCGUCGACAUCAAGAAGAUGGCCAAGCAGGGCCAGAUGGAUGCGGUGAAGAUUAUGGCGAAGGACUUGGUGCGGACGCGGCGUUACGUGAAGAAGUUCAUCACCAUGAGGGCCAACGUCCAGGCUGUGUCCCUCAAGAUCCAGACCCUCAAGUCCAACAACUCCAUGGCCCAGGCCAUGAAGGGUGUCACCAAGGCCAUGGCCACUAUGAACCGGCAGCUGAAGCUGCCCCAGAUCCAGAAGAUCAUGAUGGAGUUUGAGAAGCAGGCGGAGAUUAUGGACAUGAAAGAGGAGCUGAUGAACGACGCCAUCGAUGACGCCAUGGGGGACGAGGACGAUGAGGAGGAGAGCGACGCGGUGGUGUCACAGGUGCUGGAUGAGCUGGGGCUGAACCUGACCGACGAGCUGGCCACCCUGCCCCCGCCGGGGGGGUCGCUGGCGGCGGGGGAGGGCCGGGCGCCCGAGGCCGCGGCCGCGCUGGCCGACGCCGACGCCGACCUGGAGGAGCGGCUCAAGAACCUGCGCCGGGACUGACCCUUGACCUCCGACCCCUGACCCCCCCAAAGCUGGAUGACCCGACACCCCCCCAACCCCCCCACCCCCACCCCCCCUUUUUCGCCACCCCUCAGACUCCGGGGUUGACCCCUGCUGCUCCGCGACCCCGGGGUUGACCCCACGACCCCCCGGGGUUGACCUCAGCGAACCCGCGACCCUGGAGCUGCCCCGUGGUGACCUCUGACCCCGUGCGACCCACGGUCACCGCCGUGACCCCUGCGGUGACCUUUGAACUUGGCCAACAGUGACCCCGCCUGCCCCCGAUCCCUGUGUGGUGACUCUUGCCCCUAGGGCUGACCCUUGACCUCUGGCGUUGACCUCUGGUGACCUAUGACCCCUCCCGGGGAUAAACCCCGGUGACCUUUGACCCUUGCCCCACCCUCCGUGGCCUGGGGGGGGUCUCUCAGACACACUACAGGACCUUGGCCCCCCCCUGGAACCAUCCCCCCCGGGGGUAUUUGCCCCUUUAAUCUGGAUUAUUGACCCUUUAUUGGGGUAUUUGCCCCCCCCCCCCGAGAUAUUUGCCCCCCCCCCCCGGGGGUAUUUACCCCCUUUAUCUGUGUUAUUGACUCUCUCUUGGGGUAUUUUUCCCCCCCCCGGCGGUAUUUGCCCCCUUUAUCUGGGUCAUUGACUCUUGGGGUAUUUGCCCCCCCCCCCCAGCAUAUUUGCCCCCUUUAUCUGGGUUAUUGACUCUUGGGGUAUUUGCCCCCCCCCCCCCCCCCCCCCAGCAUAUUUGCCCCCUUUAUCUGGGUUAUUGACUCUUGGGGUAUUUGCCCCCCCCCCCCCCCAGCAUAUUUGCCCCCUUUAUCUGGGUCAUUGACUCUCUUUUGGGGUAUUUGCCCCCCCUGGGGAUAUUUGCCCCCCCCCCCGGGGGGUAUUUGCCCCCUUUAUCUGUGUUAUUGACUCUCUCUUGGGGUAUUUAUCCCCCCCCGGGGGUAUUUGCCUCCAUCUUUCCAUUAUUUGCCCCCUCUUGGGGUAUUUGCACUCCCCCCCCCCGGGGUAUUUGCCCCUUUUGGGGGUAUUUGCCCCCCCCCCCCGGGGCAGUUGAACCGGGGCAAUAAAGGCCGCACGUUGGUA